AUGGUGGUCAGAGACCUAGCAAGACAUAAAAACAAGACAGAUAAUCACCAUUUGGGUUAUAUUAUAGUGCCAUUCUUUAAAAAUGAAUAUUUGCGUAGUGGCAAUGAAAAAUCGAUACAUGUGUUGAUAAUGGGAGCAAAUUCAUUGGCUUAUAGGUUUGAUGAAAAGGUCAAUUGUAUAAGAAGCAACUCGUGCCUAUUAAGGAAGAAAACAAUAGAACUUCUGAUUUUUAUAAAGAUUCGGUGGUCACAAUUGAUACUAUGGGAGAGGGCUUAUUGGAAUAACAACUAUCGGCUAAACAAUUUGACAUUGGCUUCAAAUAUUCAUAAUGGGUCCUAG